UCCUAAAAUCGAUUUUGAAGAAAUCGUGAUAUCCUUCCGAUUCACGAUUCGCACUCCUUCCAUAUGCUAUUAUUAGAUACAAGAUGGCACUGAGCACUACGUACGUAAAAGAUGAGCAAGGUGCAACUUUCAUUGCUGCAAGUCAGAGACCCGAUGGUACAUGGAGAAAACCAAGGAGGGUGAAGGAUGGAUAUGUUCCACAAGAAGAAGUUCCCUUAUACGAGAGUAAAGGCAAACAAUUUGCUAAAAAUAAACCAACAUAUCCAGUUGGACUUUCUCCAGAAAUUAUUGCUGCCUCUAAGGCCCGAAGAGAGAAGGAAGCAAAGUCCAAGUCUCCCAUUCCUGGCCUCAUUAUAAAUGCAGCUACAGAAACAAAAACAACCAAAAAGAAGAAAAAGAAGAAAGGUGCUUCAAAUGCAUCUGUUGAGGCUGUUACUGAAACUCUGGCUAAAACACAGGUUUCUACUGAAGAAAUAAAACCAUCAUCUAAAGCAGCAAAAGUCACCACACCUGUGAAUAGCGGUCUGGAAACAAAUAAGAAAACUAGUGGGGGGAAUGGACAAUCUUCAUCUUCUCUGUCUUGUUCAGACCCAGCCAAGAGGGUAAAGAAUUUACGCAAAAAGCUUCGUGAAAUUGAAGUCAUUGAACAAAAAAUUAAAACAGGGGAAUUGAAGAAUCCUGACAAAGAUCAGCUUGAAAAGGUUGCUAGAAAAACUGAUAUCCAAUCAGAAAUGGAUCGUCUUUUACCUUUAUUGAGUAAUCCCUGAAAAGUCACACUUUUUCGCCCAGACUUAUUCUAGUUGCUGUAAAAGAUGAAGAGAGUUCAUUUAUUGCAUGAUGUUAUUUCUACAGAAUUAUUUUCUGUGGAACUAUUCCUUUAUCUCACCUCAUAAAUGAGUUUGAGUUGAAUAAUUGGUAAUAAUAGAUCUUCGUGCAUUUUUUAAUUUUUGGUGUGUGUGUGUGUGUGUGUGUCAAAUAAGUUGAAAUUUCUUUUCGUAGAUUGCCAUAUGUCAAUUCAAAAGUAAUUUCAUCACUCGUAAGAACCAACAGCAUUGUCUGUGUGCUGAGAGAUGAAGUGUUUAUUCUUUGUGUGGCAUUCAAGUUAAUGAUGGUUGUCUUUUGUGUAAUUAGUGAUUGAUUUUUAUAUUCUACUAUUCUUUAUUUGAAAGUUUACAUUGUUGCUUGCUUUUUAUUUUUGCAUUGAUUGCAAAUGUUAUUUCUGGUCUUCCUUGACAUAUACAUGAACAUUUUUGAUAGAUGUCACUUAUAACAGCAAUGUACCUUUUAGGAACAAACUGUUUAAUGUUUUCAUUUCAUUGAAAGUGUGAAACUUCAUUUAGAUAGGAUCGAAGUCAUUUUGACUUAGUUUAUUGUACAAAAAAUAAUGAAUGUUGAUUAACUUAUUCUUAUCUUCAACAACUUCUCUCUGCCAUCCGUUGUUUAUUCCAUAUAAAAUAUGUACAGUUUUAUCUGAAGAAAUAUCAUAGAUAUAUGUAUGUCAAAUAUGGAUAGUGAUUUUUGACAGCUAUUUGGCAGAGAUAGUGUAGUGAAUGUUUGCUCCUUUUGCAAUGUAAGCUUUCGAAAUCCUCCAACUGUGUGUGUGGCCUAAGUACAGGAGGUAUUAAAUGAUUAUUAUUUCACAACACUAAACAUUUUGUAUCUUUUUAUGAAUGAUAAUGAUGACUUCCUUAUAAAACCUUGAAAAUCUUUAUUGGUUUAUGUUGACUGUCCUAUACAGGCAGGCUGUUUACCAUAUAUUACUGCUGUUGUGCAAAUGUGCAAAGAAUUUUGAUAUUAUGAGAACUUAAUGAUAAAAUGUCAUUGUGAUUUAUUUAAAAUUUUUUGUUACAACUUAUAUUUUUGUUUUGAAGAUGAAUUUAUUGCAUUGUGUCUAUGGAGAAGACUCAAUAUUUUUAUGUUGUUUAUAUUGUAAGCUAUUGCAAUGAAUUUUAAGGUAUAUUACCUUUAUACACAAGGUACAAAAUGGUACUGCUCUGGGCCAAUGCAUAUAUAUUGGAGCUAAUUCGAUAAUUGGCUAAGUAUAUUUCCCUUUUUUGUUUGGGUUAAUCCUGUUGCCUUCUGAAAAUGUUUCAAGAUAAAAUGAACAUAAUUUUUGUGUGUAGAAUAGAGUAAAAACUUUUGUACUGCAGCAUCAUGGAUACCCAUUGGGAGAAAUUGCUUUAUUUGUAAGAAAAGUGAAUAAAAUUU